AUGAUAAUGAACAACAAAACUGUCAUCUCCCAGUUCCUUCUCCUGGGCCUGCCCAUCCCCCCAGAGCACCAGCAACUGUUCUAUGCCCUGUUCCUGGCCAUGUACCUCACCACUGUCCUGGGAAACUUCAUCAUCAUCAUCCUCAUUCUUCUGGACUCCCAUCUCCACACACCCAUGUACUUUUUUCUCAGCAACUUGUCCUUCUCUGACCUCUGCUUUUCCUCUGUCACAAUGCCCAAGUUGCUGCAGAACAUGCAGAGCCAGGACACAUCCAUCUCCUAUGCCAGUUGUCUGACACAAAUGUACUUUUUAUUAGUUUUUGGAGACCUGGAGAGCUUUCUUCUUUUGGUCAUGGCCUAUGAUCGCUAUGUGGCCAUCUGCUUCCCUCUGCAUUACACCAGCAUCAUGAGCCUCAAGCUGUGUGUGUGUCUGGUGCUGAUGUCCUGGGUAUUUAAUGUGCUGUAUUCCAUGUUGCACACCUUACUCUUGUCUAGAUUGUCAUUCUGUGAGAAUAACGUGAUCCGCCACUUUUUCUGUGACAUAUCUGCAUUGCUCAAGUUGGCCUGCUCUGACAUUCGUAUUAAUGAAUUAAUGAUAUUAAUCUUGGGAGGACUCAUUAUGGUCAUCCCAUUCUUACUCAUUGUUGUGUCCUAUGUACAAAUUGUCUUUUCCAUCCUAAAGAUUUCUUCUACUCAGGUUAUACAAAAGAUUUUCUCCACUUGUGGCUCCCACCUGUCUGUUGUCUCACUGUUCUAUGGAACAAAUUUUGGACUCUACUUAUAUCCAUCAGCUAAUAACUCUACUGUGAAGGAGACUGUCAUGGCUAUGAUGUGCACAGUGGUGACUCCCAUGCUGAACCCCUUCAUCUACAGCCUGAGGAACAGAGACAUGAAAGAGGCACUGAUAAGAGUCCUUUGCAAGAAGAAAAUAUCUUUGUCAUGA